AGUGCAUGUCUCUAUAUGAUACAGAAUUAUCCAACGAUGGCCCUCUACGCUCCUCCGCCACCAUCUUACCAAGAUCAUGCAGCUGGACCCGUCCAACACCAUGGAUUCAACCCUUACAGUGACAACGGUGGCUCCAUCCUUGCUAUUGCCGGCAAGGACUUUAGCAUCAUAGCAGGAGACACCAGACAGUCAGAAGGAUACAGCAUUCAAACCCGAUAUGCUCGAAAAGUUUGGCAAUUAACCGAUAAAGUGGUCUUGGCUACCAACGGUUUCGCGGCGGACGGAAACAAUUUCGUUAAGAGGGUAAAGCAAAGAUUAGAAUGGUAUGAGCACGCCCAUAACAAAGCUAUGGGCCUCAAAUCUAUCGCUAGGAUGAUCCAAACCAUGCUUUACGGAAAACGAUUCUUCCCUUACUAUGUAUACAACAUUUUGGGUGGUAUCGAAGAAGACGGAUCCGGAGCUGUCUACUCAUUUGACCCUGUUGGCUCUUACGAGCGAGAAGCUUGUCGUGCUGCGGGUGCCGCUCAAUCACUCAUCCAACCCUUCCUUGACAACCAAGUUUAUUUCAAGAACCAACAACCCGAACCUGGAGCUGCUCCCUUCGUCCCCGGUAAUCUUCCCCUCUCCACCGUUCUUUCUCUUGUCGUCGACUCCUUCACUUCCGCGACUGAAAGACAUAUUGAAGUCGGUGAUGGCAUGGAGAUCUAUGUUGUUAUGGCCAAGGGAAGGUCAACAGACGAUUUGCUUGGGGAAGGUAACUUGGUGCCCGGCAUGGAGGUUGAGGAGUUGCCUUCUCUUGGAGAAAGUGGUAGUGAGAGAGCGUUUUUGGUGAGGAUGCCCUUGAAGAGGGAUUAGAUGUUGUACAUUACAGACAAUUCGGAUGAACGAUAUCGUGAGAAUACCGAAAGGUCGAUGAUAGCGGUUAAGGCAAGUGUAUCGCCCUUAAAAUACUCACGAUAUCACCCAUAGGUAGAACCGAUGGCAGUUAUACGUUCUACUCUUGAAGCAAUGGGGAUGGUGAGUGAGAAGAUGAGCACUGGUUAAAUAUCAGUGUUUCGGCCUUCGACCCACGUCCGUUAGCAACAGAGUAUCAUUAGGCGCACCUAUACCGCCGCAUCUAUACCGCCGCAGCACAAUAUACUGAAUCGUAGCCUGGAGUUCAGAAAGGAACUCGUGUCUGCCCAUGGAUUGGUCGUAAAUUUCUACUGACAGGACGUAUGUAGGCCAUCGGAGAUGGUCAUUGCAGAUUUGUAAUGGGGAUGAAAAGAAGUAUGCCAUUCAGGGUGAUCAUAUGAGUCAAGGAUUCUUUAUCGAUAAGUAGGAAGACGGAAGAUGAUUAACAACAAACCUCUCGCUGUUUCUUCCGACUGCCCGAAGAAGGCAAGACAAGCAACAUAUUUUCUAUCUUGCACACGGAAAUUAUGAAGGAAGGAAGGAAGUUUUGGUACUAACGGUCUGAAUGAUGCACGUUAUCGUGCGUGAGGAGAAAGAACUUUGUUGAAUGUCCAUGACGAGGUUGUAAAGGAAAGAAAACACACAUGGUAUUAUCAUCUGUCUGGCUUUACUUUGACACCACGUGCAUGUCAUGCAUUUGCACAGUGACGAAUUUCAAAAAGAUACCAAGCUCAUCCAUGCGCACUGCUGAGCUGUAAUAGAUUGCUUCCGUCUUCCACACCUCCUCUGCUCGAGCUCUAUCCCCAUUCUCAUUUUUCGCUCUAAAUUAGAGUGAAGCAGCGACGAUGUCUCGAUUCUUUAUCUUGAUAUCGGCAAUCAGCAAUCAGCAGCAGCUUAUCACUGGUCACGGCGCACAUGCGCAAAGGCCGAACUUCAAAAGAUCCCGUAUCACCGCUCAAUGUUCAAUUAACGAACAUUUCAGAGUUUUAGACAGGUAAUUUAGUGCAGGGAAGAAAGUAGGUCAAAUAACCAUUCACAAAAGGGCACCACAAGAUGCAGGAUGGUUACAGUCUAGUAGCGGUGCAUUGGAAACUUAGAAUUCAAAACGCUUGGUUAAUAAGUGUUGACUAGACGACUUAUGGUGGGAUGCUAAUAUAAUGCUAGAAAAGAAGGCAUGCAUGCUGCCUGUGGCCG